AUGAUUUCGUACGUGGAGUGUCUGGGCAGGGAGGGGGCGAUGCCCAGCGGGGAGGCGGCGGCCCGCUGCUGGAACAGCAUUUCGGACGAUGAUCGAGAAGAGCUACUUCCUCCCAAGAUGGCCGCCCUGCAGCCGAGGACGGAGGGCAGCCUGCGGCGCCGCCUCCUCAGCGCUAAGCUGCGCCAACAACAGGACGCCAUACUGGUUCUGAACUCUGGUGGUAUUGUGCCUGGGGGGCCAUCAGGUGACAAGAAGUCCCCCCAGCAGUUUUGCAGCCCGUGGUUUCACCGCCAACCCCCAGAGGCUCAUGGGAAACCAGUCCCUCGCUACCCGGUGCUAACACAGCGCAGCCGCACCGGAUCCUGCCCCCCCACCCCGCAGCCCCGCCCCGGAUACACGCUUCCUGCCCCCCAUCAGUAUCUCUGCGCCGCGCGCCCCCUCCGGGAGCCCGAGGCGCCGCCGCAGUACUGCUACCGGCCCAGCAGGGGGUGGCGCUUCAGCUGCUUCAGAAGAGGGAGGAGCUCCGAGUCCGACGCCACGCAGGCCACGCCCCUUCUGCACAAAGGGGAGCGGGACAGUAAGUGGUCGGUGCACUACACUACCCAAAAGCCCCCACAGGGCCUGCUGUUCGUUCCAGCUAAGAGAUGCUCCGACAGCGCAGACGAUCUGUGGGGUCAGAGGUCAGCGGAGAGCUCAGCUUGUAACGGGCUGACUCAGCAUGGCUGCAGCCAACCAAUCGACUCUCAGUUCCACCCGGCAAGUUCCGCCCCUCAACCCCACCUCAACCAAUCAGAGAGCAGCUCGGCACGCAGAGGCUGGAAGGACAAAAGCAGGAGAAUGUCCUCAGCGUUCUCUGACGAUGACGAGGUGUUCAUCCUGAACAAAACGCGACCCGUGACGCCGCUGGUUCUGGACACGGGUCACCGAGCCUCCUGCUGGGACAUCUUCUCCUACGAGCCGCCGGAAGAGGAGGAGGAGGAGAAGGAGGAAAAGCAGCUGACCACCCACCUCCCCACACCGGAGGAGAGGAUGAGGCAGCAGGCGGGGGCCGUCCCAGCCGACAUCGUCCCCAUCAACAUUACAGGAGAGAGUUUUGACCGUCAGGCCAGCUUUAGGAAAGUAGCCUCCAACACGGACUCGUUAUCCGACCGACCGCGACUCGUGAACCGCCGCAAGACCGUUACCGGGAUCCCCGAGGACGUCAGGAAACUCGACUCUUCGUUGGUCCUGCCGGGUCAGUACUCAACCUUGGGUCGACCCGCCUCCUGUGAACCACAGAGGCGCCCUGGGGAGGAGGUCCAGGUGAAGUCACCAGCGAGGAGGAUUAGGGCCCCGAGAGGAAGAGGGAUGUCCAGCCUUAUGGCGUCCCUCACCUCCUCCCCCACCUCAGAGGUGUACAGCCUCCCCUGGCAAGAAACCACCUCCUCCCUGAACUCCAAAGCCAGCAGAACCAGCACCUCCUGCAGGAGGGUCAGCGCCUCCUCAUCUUGUUGCCAGUCCCAGGAGUUUGAAGGAUUCCCUUGCGCCCCUACAGUCAUUCCCAAGUCUCCCUCCGAGUGGUCUUACCCCAGCGACAUUCCCCUGAAAGAGUCUCCCAGCUCUCCUUCCUCCUCCCACUACUGCUCCUCUUCCUCCGUCGCUGAGUCUCAGAUCAGCUACCAGGCCCUCUCCCCGAGCUCUAGCAUCCAGAGCAGAGGGACGGACUGGAGCGGCAUCACCCAGGAGAUGAGGUCUGUUUCUGGGGAAGGUUGGAGCUGGGACCCCCUUCUGUCCUCCGGUUGCUCCACCCCGUCUGACAGCACCUCACUGUGUUCAGAGAGAGUCCCAUCCUCCCACUACAGCUCCCCUUGCUCCCUUGCAGAUUCUCAGAUCAGCUACUUGUCCCCGAACUCCAGCAUCCAGAGCGGCGACACUGGCUUCACCCUGGAGAUGAGCUCCGUUCCUGGGGACAGUUGGAGCGGGGACCCCCUGCUGUCCUACGGUCGCUCCAUCACCCGCAGCAUCUCCCUCCGGAAGUCCAAGCGCCCUCCUCCCCCCCCAUUACGCUCCGACUCCCUGAGGCAGCAAAGGCCACCUCGGGUGAAACCCCCCCGUUCCACACGUACUCCUAACUCCUCGCCCAUCUCCUCCCCAAAGGCCUUCAACGACCCCUGGGUGCUCCGGAGCAGCAAGUGGCGGCAGAGUGGGUUUAACUGUGGGACCGUCACCACUUUUGAACCCUUAACCUCCCCCUCUGAGGAUGUACCGCCAUGCCUCCCCCAUUCUCCCAUCCUCACCCCUAGCUCAGAGCAGGAGGGGUUCAACCUCAACCCCCAGCCGGCGGCCUCCCUCGGGCUUCAGCGCCUCACCUCCCCCUCCAGCGGUUACUCCAGCCAGGCUAACACCCCAACACCCGGCACUCCCGUGUCCUCCCCUCUUUCCUAUUCCUCCCCUCUCGCAGCCUUUUCCCUGCCCCAGACUUACCCCCUCUCCCCCGGCAUCUCCCCCGUACCCAGGACCACCUCCAGGGUUGAAGAGCGGGUGAAGCCACCUGUGCCGGAGAGGAAGUCAUCCCUAAUCUCCUCCCCCUUUUCCUCCACAUCCUCCCUCUCCUCUUGCACUUCCUUGGACUCUUCAGCCAAGCUUCCGCCCCCACCUUCUGUCCCACAAUGCACCUCUGCUUUGGCUCCCGUCUUUUACUUGCCAACUUUCGUAUCUCCUAAACUUCCUGCUCCUUCCUUCACCAAACUCUUUGCUGGUCUUCCUCCACCACCUUCAUCUCUAACUUCCCCACCUUUAUCUCUUACUCCCCCGCCUCCUCCACCUCCUCCACCUCCUCUCCCACUAUCAUUCCUCCCCCCUCUUCCCCCUCUUCUUCCUUCCUCUCGACCUCCUCCCCCCUCUUACUCCUACUUUGCCAAAUAUUCCUUCAACUUCCCUCCACCUCCAGAUUCCCCUCGUCUUCCCCCUUCAGAACUCUUGCCGAUUGUUGAACUUCCUCCUCACCCUCCUCCCCCACCUCCGCCUCUUCCUCCCCCAUUUACCUCCCCCCUCCCCCAAACCGGACCUCGCAGGUCUCUAAACAUCCCCCCCUUCGUCACUUCACAAGCUCUGCAGGCCGUCAAGCUUCGCCACGUCAAGAACCAGGAAUGCCUGCUAACAAGCGUCAUGCUAGCUGAUGCUGCUAAUGCUAACCACUCUACCAUUAUCCAGGAGCUACCUGAAGGUAAUCUAGACCGUGCUGUGUCGGCUCAUGCUGAUUCUAAACGAGUUGGAGCUGGCUCACAAACUGCUGUCUGUGAUAUUGGUAGCAAUGAUGCUAACGCAAUUAGUGAUUUAUUUGUCAAUGCUAACCUUGAUUGCCCAGGCAAUGCUUACGUAAAACAGCCUAAACAUGAUAACUACAACCAAACAAAAAGAGACAUAAGGAAACUCAAUGCUAAUCUUCAGAGCCCACAAAGCACUGUUGCUAACCAGAGAAGCUCUGGUCCCAAACCCCAAGAUAUCCAGUACACUGAACUAGAGAAGGAGCAUUUAGACAUGUAUGCUACACUGGCAAACAAUCAGGACUUCACACCUGAUUGUCCCUGGGUCAAAAUGACUUGCGGAACUGACGAAAACUGCAUUAAAACAAUUGUCCAACAGCCACAGGUCACGGAUACAAUGUUAACAGACACUAAGCUAACUGUAGAACUAGGAAACACUGAUUCUUCAUACUGGACCCUCUCUGGAACAAAACACAGAGAAAGUGGAAUGAGCAAAGAUAGCAAAGAUGCCAAUGACAGGAACGAUUCAGAAAUGUGGAACAAUGCAGCUGAUGGAGUUCCAACAUCCAAUAGUGGUUUACCCCAGAAUAAUAUAGUCUGUAAGGAAGGCAUCCAGAAGAAACCCCGCUCCCCGAAGAAGCCAACCCUCCCAAAGAAACCUGAUCUUGGCAUCCUGGGUCUCAUGGCGUCCCCGGAGACAAUACAAGGACAAGGUGUGUCAAUGAGGCAAUCACACCCUGAUUCCUGCCGCUCACCUGUCCACAGUCCUCCCAACACCAGUUCGCCUUCACCAAAGCACUUGGCACAAACUACUGACAAAACCAAAAGUCCUGAUGAAUCAAGGACCCCUUCCAUCUCCCCCAAAAAGCAGAAGCCACCAAUUGUGCACAAGAAACCUGAUUUUUCCCCUGAAAGAAUCAGACAACUCAUUGAAUUUAGAACUGAAGUGGACGCGUCCAAAGGGAACUGUGCCCCCCAGGAGGUCAUUGGUGUUUCAGAGACCAUGGGUGCCUCAGGGCUCGUGGAUACCACAAGGGCUGGAAACACUUUAAACGGCAACAUGGACACCUUUAGCAACCCAGGGACCAUUGGCAUAAAUGGGAACUGUGGGUUCUCAGGGGUUAAGGGUAUUGUAGAGCCCAGUGAUAUCCUAGGGGCUCCAAACACUAUCAAUGGUUACAUGGGUUCAUUGAGGAGUGUUACCACAGAAACAUGGUGCAACUCAGACAUGUGUAGCGCCCUAGGGUCCAUAAACACCUUGGACAACCAGGUUACCUUAGGAACCUGUAACAACCCAGGGACCAUGGGCAUCUCUCCGGACUGUGGUCCCUCAGGGGUCAUGGGCAUUGCAGAGUAUUCCAGUAUUGAAGGGGCUCCAAACACUAUCAAUGCAAGCAUGAGUUAUUUUGCUAAUUGUGGUACCUCAGAAUCAAGGGGCACCUCGGAGACCUGUAGCACCCUAGAGACUCUAAGCACCUUGGAGAACCGUGAUACCUUAGGAACUUGUGGAACUUCAGAGGCCUGUAGCAACCUAGGGACCAUGGGCAUCUUAAGGAACCUCAGUAGCUCAGGAACAUGGGGAACCUCCGACCUUGGUUCUUGUACUACCUUAGGGGAAUCAAGGGCAAAUGGAGCGAAUUCCACCCAAAAUGGUGCCUCAGACCCCUGGAUCAUCAACACAAGUCUUCAUAAGGAUGAGGACAUAACACUUCAGAGGAGCAUGAUGACAUCAUCGAUGGCUGAAGAGGAAGAGGAGGAAGAGAGAGGAAUGAAGACUACGGUGAUGAUGCCAUCAACCACCAAGAAAAAGGACAAAUUGAGGAAGAGGAGGAAGAGGAGGACCGGCAGACAGCUGCUGAUGAACGCUUCAACUACGAGGUGCUCCUACUCCUCCUCUUCCUCACUGUCAUCGUCUUCAUCUUCAUCCGGCGACGAGCAAGAUGUGGUGAAAGGAAGAACAAUGCAAACAAGAGUGAGGACGACGACAGAGAGCCCCUGCGCUCUGAUUGGUCCGAGCAGCUGCUCCCUCAGCAGUGCGCUGUCCAAUGAGAGCCUGCCGGGUGCGCCGUCACUUCCUGAUCUCCUGAUAGAGGAAGAGGAGAAGGAAAGGAGCAACGAAGGCGGGACGACGACCGGAAAACAUGAAGACGGCGACGUGUUCGUCAGUGUGUCUGCGGAUCAGAUGUUCAACUCUGAUCAACCGCGAUCCACCGAGGAUCUGUUCACCGUUAUCCACAGGUCUAAGAGGAAGAUGCUAAGAAGAUGCGAUUCAGGAGACGAUGGACGUCGACUCUCCUCCUCCUCUUCCUCCUCAUCCUCUUCCUCCUCCUCUUUUUCCCCCUCCUCUUCCUCUCCAGUCACCCCCACCGCCCCCCCACUGCAACCCUCCAACCUAAAGAGUCUGAGGUUGGCGAGGAGCGAGAGCUUUAAGGCUCUCCUGCUCAGGAAAGGCGGUCGCUCCAUCUCCUCUUCCCGAAUCUCUGCGGUUGAGCGUCUUCGCAUUCUUCCUGGCCACCAGAGGGCGCCAGAGCCUAACGACAAACCUGCAAAGACCCCCGAUCUGACCGAUGUAAAUGCCCAUCAGCUCAACUCGCCUCCAUACGAUCAGAACUUCUCCCUGAUUGGGUUCGGUUGGGGGAGUGACCUCUUCCUCGCCUCCUCCCCAUCAUCUUCCUCUCCUCACUUCCUCUUCCUCUCCUCGUCCUCCUCUACCUCUCGUCCUCGCUCCCUCACCCCCCCCUGCUCCUCCAGCCGGCGUUUCUCUGCUCGCUCUCGCCUCUUCGCCGCCCCCAUGACGGCCAUCUUUGAAGGGGGGAGUGAAGAAGAGGGGAGUGAUGAAGAGGAGGAAGAAGAGGAGUACUGAGGAUUUUUCGGAGCAUUUAACUGAAUGUAUGAAGCACAUUUCUCUCUACAGAAGCCUGAAGAGGACAUGCUGUGAUUAUUUUAUACUAUCUCACUGUCACAACGACGACGUAUUUAGGUCCUAAAAAUACAGAGUCAGGGGAACGGGAAAUCUUCUUAGAAUUUCAAUUCAGAAAUCUACGACAAUUAUUUUUCCUCAGCUUUCGCUGUUAUUAUUUCAAAUGUAAUUCUUAAAGACCUGAGAAUAUUUGAGUUUAAUUUGUAUCCAUUUUGCGUUUUAAUCUAACUCAAAUAUAUAUCUAUAUAUUUCCCUCGUUCUCCGAUUGUCUAACUUGGACUUUUAAAGGGUUAGAAAAAUAUUACAAUAUUUAUGAUAAAAUAUUUAAAGGGUUUUCUUCAAAUAUAUUUUGACGUCAUGCUGAGCCACUAAAAUGAUUUCUACUGCAUCUUUUAUUUUAUAUAGACUUUCAACUCAACAUAAUAUUUCAUGAAAUCUCAUUUUUAUAUAUUAAUCCCCUUCUAUCAGCUGACUGUAGUUUCUCCAAAACUGUAAGUAUUUAUUAUUAUCUCCCAUCUUGUUUUAUUUCGAAUGCUGCUAAAAUAUCUCUUAUAAGAUUUGCAUUUUUACUUUUAUAUAGAGGGUAGUAGAACGACAGGAGAUAAAUAUGUCUGUGUGAAUGUACUGUUGUAUAAUACAGUAAUAAAUAAAUGUGGAAUAAAGACAUUUAAAAAAGUCUUAAUGUAGAUCUAAGUUCACUUCAGAUCAAUUGAUUUGAACGUAGUUGAACUCUAUUAUAAUUUGCUUCAUAGCCAUAUUUAUUUAAAAUGGACUGAAAUGGUGUUUCAUGACUUUAAGAACUUUUCUAUUAUGAAAACAAAGUGUAGAGACAUAAAAAAGAAAAAGUAAUAUGUUAGAAAUAUUUAAAUGUAAAUAAAGGACAAAGGAGACGUCUUUAUUCCACUUCAUUGAUGUUUCUUUCAUUUUCCAAUUAUUUUAUUUAUCAAAUGUUUGUAUUUAUGAUUUCAGUCAUUUUGAUUGACCGAUUUGAUCUCCACAUGUUUGUUUUAGUUCAUAAUUUCAUAUUAUUUUAUAUUGAUUUCUUCUCAACAUGUCCACAUGAUCUUUUCCUCUGUUCUAUUUGUUUUCAAUUUCACUUUUUCUCUUUUAUUUCGAUGUUUAUUUAUUUACAUUUUUUAACAGGUCUUUCCCCCAGCGUCUUGGGAAACAUCAGCAAGAUAAAAUCACACCUGCUCACACACCUGGUGUUGUUCUUGGGUGUGUGUGUGUGUGUGUGUGUGUGUGUGUGUGUGUGUGUGUGUGUGUGUGUGUGUGUGUGUGUGUGUGUGUGUGUGUGUGUGUGUGUGUGUGUGUGUGUGUGUGUGUGUGUGUGUGUGUGUGUGUGUGUGUGUGUGUGUGUGUGUGUGUGUGUGUGUGUGUGUGUGUGUGUGUGUGUGUUGCGUCACUGUAACCUCUGUAUUUGUUUUUCUUGUAUUACCUAAAUCUCCUCUUCACUUCAGACUCAGAGUUUAUACGUUUCUAUUAAAGCUGAUUAAUCCUCUUUCAGUGUCGGACCCUGAACGCCUCGGGGAGAAGCUGUCAGACUUUAUCCCGUUUCAGAAAUGAUCAGUAAACUCAUCCGUCUUUAAAACUGUUAUUUGAAGCAUAAGAAAAAUGAUGUGGAAAUUGAAAGAAACAUGUUUAAAAUGAUAACUUCAUUAAAGUACAAUUUGUAUUGUCAUUUCUGAUUAAUAUUUAUUAGUUGUCUCUUUAGUCAACAUUUACUUUAUUACUUUCAUAUUUAUUAUUAUUUGUUCCUUUUUGAUAAUAAUACAUUUUUUAUUUGUGUUUAACUAAAACCAAAAAACCCAGAGAUUAAGAACCAUAUGAGUAAAUAUAUUUACAAUUUUAAUUUAUAUUUUAAAACUCCAAAUUAAAUAUGUUUCUGUUUCCUGGCGAGGGUCCAGGCAGUGUCCGUGAGAAAGUGCAGAAUAAACAGCUUCCUCAGGAACGCUGAACAAACACAGGUUAAAGUCAGUGAUACCCUCAUGCUCUCAGAGAGACGGAGUUUAUAUCUGGAGAACAAAUAAGGGCGCGCCGCUGAAACACCUCUCUGUUUUCCCUCCUCAUUCACUGCAGGUAAUCUGCUUCAUGCCUUCAUAUCUCAGCAUUCACCAAAAAUACACGAGUUGAUUAUCUACAAAAAACUGAUUUUACUUGAGAUUUUAUUUUUUAAUUAAAUGUUUGAUUUAUUUUCUAUCGAGAAAAUCUACAUUUUUUUCUUCUUAAUUUAAUCCUUAAUUUGUUUUUCUUUAGAAUUAUUAUUCAUUUCUACAUUUAUAAAUAUUAGAUUUAAAUAAUAGCAUUUAUGCUUAACAUUUUUCAUUGGAUGAGAUUUUAUUUCAUUUAGAGUGUGGAGGGAGUAAUACACACA